AUGCGUGGAUUUACAGUUUUAUGCACCCUUGUGGCUUUGUCUGCAGCUGCACCCCAGCAAGGGUAUCAGUACGCCGCACAGUCAUCAGAUGGCCGAUUGCAGUUCAGUGGCGUGUCUUCGAGCACGGCUGAAGCUUUAAAGGAUCUGCAAACCGUUAUGGCUGUGCAGACGGCCAAUUUGAGGCCCAACUUUGAGUUGGGGAAAGUAGCCGGUGCUGCCUCCGCGGCUGCAUCUUUGGGCCAGCCUCAGCCAAGAUACUUGCCGGCAGUGAGCACCGUACAGCAACAGUUACAGCAACAACAGCAGGUGCAACAGUUACAGCAACAACAAGUUCAGCAAAAAAUUUCUCUACAACAACAGCAACGUGUACAACAGCCUCAGCAAAUUGCGCUGCAGCAACAGCAGAUUCCUCAACAGUCUUCACAGCAACAACAACUCGUCGAACCAAAGACUGUUAUCACAAAACGCUUCUUUCUACACGCCGCACCCGAAGAUGCCGAGGAAGAGGUGCAGGAACGUCAUAUCACUAUUGGCAAAGCACGUAAAAGCUACAAUGUUGUCUUCAUUAAGUCCUCCAACAAGGCAGCCAAGAAGGCGUCCAUCAAAAUCACGCCCGCUGCUAAUGAAGAGAAGACCGUUAUUUAUGUGCUGAAUAAGAAACAAGACGCUGCCGAUAUCGAUGCGCAAGUGUAUGAGCCGGCCACUACCACCACUAAGCCUGAGGUAUUCUUCAUUAAAUAUAAAACAGCUGAGGAGGCGGCGCAUGCGCAACAAGCUAUUCAGGCACAAUAUGAUGCAUUGGGCGGUUCGGCACAAUUCUCUAAUGAAGGUGUUGCGCCAGUUAGCUCCGUCAUUGGAUCUCUGGAGGUCGCCAAGCAAGCAAAAGCUUCAACUGGUGGUAACGAUGAAGCAGCGCAAGUCUCGCGUGGCGCACAGGCAGAAGAGUUAGUGAAGUCAGCAGGUGUACAGAGUCAAGGAGAAAGGCUUACCGCUCAGGCACAAUUAUCUCAGAGUGCCAAUGCAAACAAUGCCUAUUUACCUCCA